UGCGGCCGUGUAAGGGGCCGAGGUGCGCGGCAGCUGCCCGCCGGCCGCCAUGAGCAGGCCCAGCCGGCUGCAGAGGCAAGUUCUGAGCCUGUACCGCGAGCUUCUGCGCGCCGGGCGCGGGAAGCCGGGCGCUGAGGCCAGGGUGCGGGCCGAAUUCCGCCAGCACGCCUGCCUGCCGCGCUCCGACGUGCUGCGCAUCGAGUACUUGUACCGCCGCGGACGGCGCCAGCUCCAGCUGCUGCGCUUGGGCCACGCCACCGCACUGGGCGCCUUCGUACGCCUGCGGGGCCCGCCCGGGGAGCCCGGCGGUGUGGGGGCCCCGGGGAGCCUGCCUGACGAUGGGGACGGUCCGAGGAGUCACCUCGAAGGCGCGAGGGCCCCGGAGACACCGCCCAGCGGGCGGUGACAGGCAGAAAAGCCCGUUCGCUGGAGCCGGGGGGAACACCUGAC